GACAAGAAAGGCAAGUACCCGGUGGGGUUCCGAUUCAAGCCGACGGAGGAUGAGCUUGGAGCACCACCUCCUCCCCAGGCUGCAGGGAAGGCCGGCCGUGCCCAACGACGCCAUCAUCGAGGCAAACGUGUACGAGUGUGAUCCGGAGAUACUGAUUAACGUUGGACAAAUAAGUCAUGUGCAAGAUUUACAAGAGCCCGUUGCGAAAAUGGAGCAAAGAUGAGGAGGGAAACACCAGCUCCGCGUGCGAGGAGGUGCCGAAUUCGUCACCGUCCGGGCCGGCGCCGGAGAGCAGUAGGUAGACAGCAGCGCGGACGCCAUCGAACAGAAAGGCGGGAAAGAGGCCCGUGGAGGAGCGGCCGGACGGGCACGCCAUCACGCCGAAGCGGGCUCCCCAGCCGAACCUGACUCUGAGACCGGCAGCGCCGAUGAACGGUGGAGGCGGCGGCGGCGGUAUGCAAGCGCCGCCCGGAGCCGGAGCAGCAGGGUACUACGGCGUGCCAGGGCAGCCAGCACCAAGGCCACGGCCCCCGUGGAUGUAUAACUGCCUGCAGGGGCCAGUGCAGCGGCCAACGCUGAUGUACAACGGCCGAACGGUAGUGGUGCAAUACAGCGGUCCGGCGCCAGUGAAGGGGCAGCCGGGAUUGAGGCUAUGCCCGUCGCACCGGGCCGCCGCCCCCGCCCCCAGCUGUCCUGGUCGGACAAUGCUGAUGCGGCCCCCGAACCUAGCGGGCGGCCAAAUGUUUCCGCCGCCGUCCGUCCCGCGACCUCCACCGCAGCAGCAGCCGAAGCAGAUGGACGACAAGAACAAGCACCGAGUGAUCACGCAAUUGUUAGCUGCACUGAAAGAACAAGGGAGCUCCGCUUGCGCAGCGCAGCAACAGAGGCAGUAGGCCUGGGCAUUCGGUUUUUUCGGUUUGUACGGUUCGGUUUUUUCGUGUAUGAAUAUUUCGGUUUUUUAAGAAUGAAAACCGAAGUUCCUGUAAAAGUUUGAAAAACCGCCAAUUUCGGUUUCGGUUUUCACUGUUUGGUUUUCGGUUUUCACUGUUUCAUCUGAACUGAAGGCAUCUAGCAGACACAUCAGGCAGCAGCAAAAACCAGUACCAGCAUCCAACUUGAUGGCAGUACAGAGGUCAGUAAUAACAGGAAUGCAACUAUGCAAACGAAGAUCACUUGAUCAGUACAGUUCCGAUCACUCCAACUGUCUAACAGACCAACAUGCCAAGAAACACUCAAAAUACAGAACCAAGGAGAGAUCCAGACCAGCAAGGCAGCAACAAGCCAGCAGGCGAACAAUCAAAACUCGGAACUUCAGAAGGCAGUAGCUGAACUCGGACUCGGACUCAGAACUCAUAAUCAGUGUGAUAUGUCAAAUGUUCAAAUGAUGAAAUGAACUUGAGAACUUCAAG